AUGAGGCCUCUCGAUGUCGUUAUGAUGUUCUAUCUCGUCGCUUCCUCCAGCUGCUCGCCCAAAAUCAAAGAUCAAGUCAGCCUCCAAUGGUCGAUCUGCGAUACGAAUCCUCAAGCUGUGUUGAUGAAGCUAGGCAUCGAGGCCCGCGAUCCAGACAAACUAGAUCCGAUCACCUACUAUGAUACCUCUCCCUCGGUUUACACACCCCAGGGACUUAUGCUCCGAUCCAAAGUUCGCGCUGGCAGAGAGAUCACGGUGGUGAAGGUGCGAUUGGCCGGACCCAAAUCUCAUGCGCUCCGCCACGCGAAAGCCUGUCGGUGGGAUCGAUAUGGCAAUGAAACAACCUUUGUAUGUAAGAGACAGGCUCCCCUAAAGAGAGACCACCUCUGGAGUUCAAAGCAAAGGAAGAUGGCGGAGGAGUUCCAGAGCGACAUAGCCUGGAAGAAACUCGUUGGCUACGGUCCGCUCUUAAACCCCAAGUGGAAGGCGCUGCUCAUCGAUGGAUACGGGGCUGUCUUAGACGACGUGGCUUUCCUGUCCUUGCACCUUACGGAGCUAGAAGUGAAGGUACAUCGGGCGAAGGAGGAAACAGUCUAUCAGGCCAUCACAGAGCAUCUUAGCGCGCAAGGAGUGGUGUUAUGUGACCGGCAGGAGGGUAAGGCCAUGAGGUUGCUUCGAGCGUUAGACAAGGUCGCGACGCAGGACAAGUCUCAGGAUAUGUAUACUCACGAUCUCUAG